GCGCGGGUGAAGGUGCCGGGGCGGUGCGGGUGCGGGAAGGAAGGCCGGGCUGGCGGCGGCGUUGCCGCCAGACCGAGGCGUUCGGCGGUGGAGGAGCGCGGCCGCGGCCUGCGGCCGUGGGGGCGGUGUCCCGUGAGUGGUUUUUUGUGGAAGUACCUGAAACCGGCAGGAAUGGAGCGCGGGCUCGGCGCCGAGAGCAGUGUUGCUAAGAUUAAAAAAAAAACCCAAACCAACCAACGUUUGAUCCUCUGCUUGGUGGCAAGUACCUGUCUGUCGUGGGCACAAGAAGGUGGCUCCAAAACACCUUUCUUUUUAGGAAAUUGCUGGAUACAAAUCUACUUCAGCUUUUUGAUAAGCAGACAUGGCUGUCACUCUGCACACCGACGUAGGAGAUCUUAAAAUUGAACUGUUCUGUGAGCGUACCCCAAAGACUUGCGAAAAUUUCCUGGCUCUUUGUGCCAGUAACUACUACAGUGGAUGCGUGUUUCACCGGAAUAUAAAGGGCUUCAUGGUUCAGACAGGGGAUCCAUUAGGCACCGGGAAAGGAGGUAACAGCAUCUGGGGCAAGAAGUUUGAAGACGAAUUCAGUGAAUACCUAAAGCACAGCGUCCGUGGGGUAGUUUCGAUGGCAAACAAUGGUCCAAACACCAACGGAUCGCAGUUCUUCAUCACUUACGGCAAGCAGCCGCACCUAGACAUGAAGUACACCGUGUUUGGGAAAGUUAUCGAUGGUUUGGAGACGCUGGAUGAGCUGGAGAAGCUGCCUGUGAAUGAAAAAACCUACCGGCCUCUUAAUGACGUUCGCAUCAAGGAUGUUACAAUUCAUGCCAAUCCUUUUGCUGUGUAGCCAGAGUGCCUCUUAAGACACUGGUCAGAUCAACUGCUGGAUUAUGGGGUUUGAAGUAUCAUUAAAAAGGGUUGCUUGAGCUGGAUCAUACCUUUGCUUAUUGAAUGCAGGAUUUUCAUGAGUUGUGACAUUGUUUGGGCGUUGCCACAGAGGAUUCUUGUGCUUGAGAAGAUGUUUUUUCCAGAGUAUCUUGCAGGAUUUUGAUUUUUAAACAUUGUUUUUUUUACACUUGUAAAAAAUAUAUGUGUGGGUUUUUUUCAAA